AUGGAGUGUAAAGCUAAAUCCACUUCUUGCUUUGUCACUAGGGAGUGGCAACAAAGGAGGGAUGCGUCAAAGAGUAAUCAACAAUUGAAGGUUAAGACGUCCCCUAAUAAAGGAAAACAGCCCCAAAACUCAGUUGUACCUCAAGCGAGGGGGCCAAGGGAAUGUCCUAAGUGUGGAAGAUCACAUCCAGGAGAAUGCUUGUACGGUAAGAACGUAUGCUUUUGGUGCAAGACACCGGGACACAUGAGUCAAGAUUGUCCACAAAGGAAGAUGAAAGGGCUAGCCAACUCAAAUGGCCCACCCACUGGAAGAGUCUACACUCUUAAUGCUAAGAAGGCUAAGGGAAACAAUGACUUGAUUGCCGGUAAGAAAUGCUCAGACCACAUGUUGAAGAAAUGACGUGUGUCAGUUUACACUAUAGUCUGCUUAUAGUUUAUAGGGAAUUAUUUUGAACCAUGGAUGUGUUAUGUACUCCAUAUUUCUAUGUUUUUCUUUGAAUGUUUAGUAUGUGUAUGAAUACAUUUUCAUGACUUUGUGUCGGGAUUGUAUUAAUCAUCUCUUUUGUCGAA